AUGAUGUUCAUGAACAAAGAAUCCGACCCAAUUUUGUGUCGCAAUUUCCCAACCUUUCUGGAUGGAGCCGCCCUGAUUUGGUUCUCCAACCUCCCUGAAGGCUUCGUUUCCAAUUAUGAUGAGCUGGCCGACCAGUUCGUCAACCAUUUUGCUGCAUCUAAAAUAUACGUCCACAAUUCUGAUUACCUGAGCGCCAUCAAACAAAGGCCGAACGAAAGCCUGAAAGACUACAUGACCAGGUUCGCGAAAGCAACUAAUGAAAUACCCAACGUAAACCCCGAAGUUCAUCUUCACGCUCUAAAGAGCGGCCUUCGCCCAGGAAAAUUUCAAGAGACCAUAGUCAUAGCAAAACCGAAGACUCUGGCCGAAUUCUAA